AUUGAACGGGGAGAGGACACGUCCACUGUGUAGCAGGUCAGGACGUAUCCAUUAAGUGUAUAUAACAUCAAUCCAGCCAGAUCCAGCACGUGUUUCCAGUGUCAGUUUAAGAGGGGCUUCGAGGCGCCAUAUUUCUUGUGAAGUUGCACAAAGUGGACAUUCGAACUGGACAGUUAUCUGUAAACGUGGACAAAUGUCUGGCUAAUUUUAGCGAGACAUGAUCGACCACCACAUUCAAAUCAAGAGCCUUACACACAAGACAAUCUGUCCAAUUCAAAACUUCUGGAGAGGUCCAAAGAUGCUUACAGUACUCACCCGCUUGAUUCUUAUCUGUGUGGUACUCGGCGGCAAGGGGAGGGCGGAGGUCAUCAGCUAUGAAUCGGAGCAGAAGUUAGUCAACCUACUCAAGCAUGUCAUGGAGUGUCGUGAAAUACCUGGUCUGACCUUGACACUUGUUAGAGGUAAAGAAUACAAGACUAUUCCCAUGGGCGUCGCCAACAGAGCCACAGGGGAAAAAGUAACGCCUAACACGUUGUUUUUCAUAGGCGCCAUCACGCAGACGUUUACAGCGACGCUCCUGGCUGAGCAGAUGCAGAGAUCAGCUGGAGUCUUACACUUUGAUACGCCAAUUUCCCAGCUGAUAGGUGGAGAGUUUCAAUUGGCUAACAAACAAUUGACAGAGUCUGUGACACUGAGAGACGCCUUGACCCACAGGACUGGCAUAUCUCCAGGAAGUGUUGCAGGGCUGACUGGGCUUCCUAAAGCUAUGUCCAGACUUGAGGUCAUAAGCCAUCUUAAGGAGCUUCCCCAGCAGGCUCACUUCCGGGACGACUUCCAAUUUAAUCAGUUCAUGUACACGCUGGCUGCCUACGUCGGGGAGAAGAUAUCCGCCAGCUCCUGGGAAAAGCUGAUGCGGACUCACAUCCUGGACAAGCUGCUGAUGAGUUCCACGGUGGUGGCCGUGGAUGACGCCACUGGGCCGGAGUUCGCCCGGUCAUACGUCUCCGAACAGAGUGAACUGGUGGAAGUCCCAGCAGACGCCUUUGAACUCGGUCCACUGGCUCCGUCCGGUACCAUGUACACAAACGCAGAAGACAUGGCCAAGGCCUUAAAACUAUUCCUUGCUGACCCCUACCUGACAGCCCAGGUGAGAAUUCCUCCCCCAGUCUUGGAAGAGCUGAUGACGCCACGCUUCCUGCUGCCCCUUGCAAUACGAGCUGGUCUGGACAGGUCAAGUUAUUUUUGGCCGGUGCCGGACUUCAACGUGGGCUAUGGAAUGGGUUUCUUCCGUAACACAUAUAGAGGAUUUCAGAUUCCCUGGCAUGCUAGCAGUGUCCACGGCUUCACGUCUAUCAUGUGGCUUGUGCCCGAGAAAAAUGUCGGUCUAUUUUUGUCAGUCAACGGCCAGAAACACAACGAGAAUCCUUUGGGAAUCAUCCAGAUGUUGACCUACUAUAUUACUGAUCUUAUGUUGGGAUUCGAUCCCUGGAUCAACGAGACUUCAGCCUGCACGUUCCCAGAGCCCUUCGUUAAAGCCAUCGAGUUCCCCAACGUCGAGUUCAAGCCGCAGGUGGCGGACUACGCCCUGGCGGAGUACCAGGGGACAUUCUCCAGCAAGCUCCUGGGUGACAUCGUCAUCCGAAAGUCGGCCACCAAUCCCAAAGCUCUGACAAUGACCAUGGGCAAGUUGACGGGCACUCUGCACCCCGAGGGAGGAAACGUGUUCCGACUGUUCCUGGAGGGCGCCUACAGGUACAUGCAGGUCCCCGUGGCGGGAAAACACCCUAUCCCCUUCGCCAGGGUCUUCUUCGACUUCAAGAGCAACCAGUGUGUUGGGCUGAAGCUCCCUGACUCCGUCUUCGGAGGCAACCCUGUAGACUUCCCUAAAACGAACAGUUUUAAGGAGGAAUUAUAACAGAGCAUUUGAGCUAGACUUUAUCAUUUCACACAUCGUUCAAUUUAGUUCAGUAUAGAAUAUACCUAUUCGAUUUUAUCAUCGGUUUAGAAGUCCAAUCAAAAGUAUUACAUUCUUUGAGAAAUAGAAAAAUGUAUACACUUGUAUAAUUUUUAAUUUGUAGCGACAAAUAUUUUUUGACAUUGUAAAUAUUAGCGUUUUAUUCUUAUAUUAGUGCUUUAUUCUUAUUUGCUUAUUUUUACUACUGACCAAUUAUCGUUCUAGUGUGUUGACCAGGCCAGAUAAAAACUGCACACGUAAAAUUGUAUAGCGUUAAUAAAUUGUGUGCGCUUUUAGCGCUGUAAAAUAAUAGUCCAUAGCUCUUUUUGCGCAAAGUAAUUUUUAUUUUUUUAGUUUGGCAAGAGUGAUCUUUUAAAAUAGCGUCCUUGACAGUAUUUUCGAAUCGAAAAUAUAUCCCUAAAAGAAUGUAUAGGCCUGUUUAGUCAGUUCUAUGAUUUAUAAAAUUGUAAUGUCAUAUAAAUAUUGUGUCUGAAAUCUUGUGAAAGUGUGUAUGUGUAUGCUUCAAUGUAUGUGUUUGAAGUAGUGUCAAUGGGUUUGUUCCGUAGUUCUUCUAUGUCACGUGGUAGUAUUGUUUGCAUUUGGUGGCUCAGGGUCGGAAUAUGGAAAAUAUCUGCCAGAGUUCUUCUUUGUUUUUCUUUCUUUGUAAUUGACCUAAAAUUUGAGUCUAAGGCUUUUGGAACUCAGGGCCAUAGAAGACCUUCAUAGGUCAAAUGUGUGGAAUAUAUGCAACAUUCUCACAAAUUUAACAACAUGAACACUAAGAUAACAUGACAUUUGACUUAUAUAUUUAUUAAGUACAUUAUCUCAUGUCAUGAUGUCGAAUGUCAAAAUGCAGGGGCCCCUAAAGAGGCCAUGCCAGCCGGGCCCCCAGAUCUCUAACUACGCCACUGAUCUAGUCAUCGGAAGAUAAGCCAUUGCUCUCUUUUAAGACCACGUGACUUAAAAGUAGUUCAGAGAUACGUCACAAACCCAUCGAACAAGUUUGAUUUGGCAUGGGUAUGGAGAAGAAGAAAAUAAAGUACAAAAUAUAUA